CAGCCCAACUCCUCACUCUCUCAUCUACUUCUCUGUCAUCCUUCUCCUUGGGAACCAGACAUGUCCUGCUACAACCAGUGCCUGCCCUGCCGGCCCUGUGGCCCAACUCCACUGGCCAACAGCUGCAAUGAGCCCUGUGUCAGGCAGUGCCAGAACUCGACCGUCAUCAUCGAGCCCUCCCCUGUGGUGGUGACUCUGCCUGGCCCCAUCCUCAGCUCCUUCCCGCAGAACACUGUUGUGGGAUCCUCCACCUCCGCUGCCAUUGGCAGCAUCCUCAGCUGUGAUGGAGUGCCCAUCAACUCUGGGUGCUGUGACCUCUCCUGCAUUACCAGCCGCUACUGUGGCAACAGAUGUCAGCCCUGCUAA